AUGGCGAAUCUCGUUACUACCAAUGAUACAAAAAAUUCUACAAAUAUUGCAAAUACAACAGAAAUAGGCUCCUCCGAUACUAUUGGUUAUCCCACACAUCUAGUAUGGACGUAUAUUCGCGGAUACCUUGACCCACUAAGUUACAUACGUCUUCACUGGGUUGACUGGACUGGACAGCCGAAAUGGCAUGAAGAUAUCAACUCUCCUGAUGAUCUGCCAAUGGUGAGCUAUACAUCUCCAUCCUGGGCAGCAGGAUACUUCUACGAAAUAUGGGCCCCAGAAUAUCACCGGUAUCCGAUAUGCGUAUUAUCGUAA